ACAGGUGGGGAAAGAACAGUUUGAUUUUGUAAUGACAAUGUCACUCUUAACAAGGAUUCAGCAUCAAAAUGACACGUUUCAGGGACACAUAAGGUGGCUGAUUAGGAGCGUGUGGGUGUUCACAAAUCCAGAGACAAUCACCUGCAAAGUCAUAUUUGUUACUAUUUUCUUAUUCUGUUGCUUCUACUUAAGUUUCAAACAAUAGAGUGAGGAAAACACAUAGAAGGAAAUGCAAAAGAGUGCAAAAGUGCAGUGGCUGCUAGUUUUUUUUUCUUUCAAAAACCCGACAAUGGCAGGCUAAAGCAGAUUAAGAAUUUUCUUCUAAUGAAUAGAACGCAACUUGUGUAAACCAACUGACAUGAACUGAGAUUGAAAGCUAAUGAUGUAGGGGAAGGAGCAUGUCCCUCGUCAAUUUAUUUUAAUCAAAUGAUUCUAGCCUUGGAUUAACUCACAAUUGGAGAGCGAAACGGGACAGCUAUUUAUUAGGCAUGACUGACAACGUGAGCUCAAGAGUUGACAUCCCAACCAACAUUUCCCUCAGCCCCACUAUUCCCAUUUUCCAUUCCCUGGAGUACAAGACGGUGUCUGUGUUUUUGGUAAUGCUAGUGUGUGGUGUUGGCAUUGUGGGAAACGUCAUGGUGGUUCUCGUUGUCCUGACUACACGCCACAUGAGGACACCUACAAACUGUUACCUGGUGAGCCUGGCCAUAGCUGACCUUACAGUGUUAGUCGCAGCGGGACUUCCCAACAUCUCAGACAGUCUCACGGGCACCUGGGUGUUUGGACACGCCGGUUGCUUGGGAAUCACCUACUUGCAAUACCUGGGCAUCAAUGUGUCGUCCUGCUCCAUCACCGCCUUCACUGUGGAAAGGUACAUUGCUAUCUGCCAUCCAAUGAAGGCUCAGACGGUGUGCACAGUGUCCAGGGCUAAGAAGAUUAUUACUGGGGUUUGGAUAUUCACCUGUGUGUACUGCGUAUUGUGGUUUUUCCUUGUGGAUAUUCAGGUGAGCCCGGAUGGACUUGUUCAGUGCGGGUACAAAGUGAAGAGGGAGCUCUACCUGCCCAUCUACCUCAUCGACUUUGCCAUUUUCUACGUUGUCCCCUUGCUUCUUGCUAUUGUGCUGUAUGGGCUCAUAGCACGGAUUCUCUACCUGGGACCUCUGCCAAACCAACCUGACACCUGUACUACAUUGCGACAAAGCUGCAGAGAAGUCACAGAAGUCGGAACAAGAGCUCGCCCACGCUGUCCAAGGAGUGCUCUCUCAGCCAGGAAACAGGUGACCAAAAUGCUGGCAGUAGUGGUGAUCCUAUUUGCUCUCCUGUGGAUGCCCUACCGAUCAUUAGUUCUGAUCAACUCUUUUGUUUCCACACCCUAUCUGGAUGCCUGGUUUUUGUUGUUUUGUCGGACUUGCGUGUACGCCAACAGUGCAAUCAACCCAGUGAUAUACAACGCCAUGUCUCAGAAGUUCCGCUCGGCAUUCCGUGGGUUGUAUCACUGCAGGCAGCAAGACGGAAUGCUGAGGACGUUGUCAGCAAUUCCGGCAGGCACAGUCCGUGACCCACGUACCUCCCAGUCUAAUAUCAGCCGAACCAAUGAAGAAGUUAAACGGGCCAAUCCAAAGACUACAACAGAUGUAAAUCCCCAAAAGGGUAACGGUCGUCAGGAGCCACCGAUUUUAAAUGGCAACAAAAAAGAACAGUUGCCCAAACCUUAUAUUGGUAUUUUAGAGGAGAGUUGUGUUGACACAUCCUUACUAAAUGAUAAUAAGCUGGAUCACUCUCAAUCCAAAGAUGACAGAGUUGAUUUUCCAGAACCAUGUACAGCAAAAAGUCAGCUGGACAUUACGUAAGUACCUGAAGUCUUUGAAGUCUUGAAAUCGAUAACUAUGUAAGGAUUUCUAUGAAUUUGGACGAUUCAAUGUGGAAAACGACAAAUACCCUUGUAAGAUAUAUUUAUUUUAAAAUGUUAUAGGGAAACUGAACAUGAAAUUAAAGUAGUUUACUCCAAGAACAGAUUCAUACAGUAGUGUUAUAAUGUUUUCCUCACACGUUAUUGUUUUUAUUUUGAUCUUUUUAAUCAUCUGCCGAACUUAAAAGCGACAUUAGAUUUUGCUUUGCCAGCGACUUAUUGAUCUGUUCAGCACAAUUAAGGAGUUGCAGUAAUCCUCUUUGAAGCAACAAUACUAGUUUAUUUUUCCCCAGACUAUUCAAAGAUCCUGCGAUGAGGUGGCAACUUGUCCAGGGUGUACCCCGCCUUCCGCCCGAUUGUAGCUGAGAUAGGCUCCAGCGCCCCCCGCGACCCCGAAGGGAAUACGCGGUAGAAAAUGGAUGGAUGGGUAUUCAAAGAUCAAAUUAGUGUACUCAUUUUUCAGUCUUCAACACAUUUGAGGAAUUCUUCUGUUAUCUCAGUGUGGUACUGUGUUUUGGGAGGUAGCUGAGAUAUUUAAAGCAGCUGUGACUUUCAACAAGUUUUCAUCCGUUCUUUCCAGUGUUACUCUCUCCCAAUUCAAGCAUUGACCUUGUGAAUUAAUUCAUGCUAUGUGGUUACAGCUGGAAGUACAGUCAUCCAAUCUAUGGAUUUUAUUAUCCUAUUCUAUUGACUUAAAUUUGAACAAAGCUCAAUUAAGGAAGGCACUAUGUUUAAUGAUCGUGCUGGUGUAACCUCCCUUUUCAGUGUUUUUUCCUCAUUUUCCCUUGAUUGAAAACAUGGAUGACAUCAAGAUGGCUGUGAGGGCUGAGCUGUGGGGGAUCCGGGAAGUACCCUUCCAGGAGUGUAUAAAGGCAUGACAGACAAGGCUGGAAAGUGCAUUGGACUCCAAGUUGUGGUUACUUCAAAAGACAAAAAAUGUUGUUUCUGUAUUAAAGUGUCUCUUUUGUGACUGCACCUGGAACAACCCAGGGUCAAAAACAACAAACACAUUACAGUAAAUGCAUGUGGCAGCAUUGUUAAAUAGUCAAUGCAGGCACAUCCCUGUUGGGUUUUUACUGAGGGUGUCUCUUUUUCACUUCCGAUUCGAUAUCAAUAUUUGACCCGGCUCAAAUAAUAUAUACCUUUAUCAUUUUGUAGUGUAGAAUGUUAGAAAAAGCUUGAUAAGAACAAUGGUAGGUGUGGAAAAACACCAACAUAUUUAUUAUUAACCAUCUGGAAUGGACUUAUGCCGCCUUUAAGUUGAAGUGGAGUGGUAAUUGGCUUUUUGACAACACCUACUGGCUACAAUAAUUUAUCCAUCCAUCCAUCCAUCUUCUUCCGCUUAUCCGAGGUCGGGUCGCGGGGGCAGCAGCCUAAGCAGGGAAGCCCAGACUUCCCUCUCCCCAGCCACUUUGUCCAGCUCCUCCCGGGGGAUCCUGAGGCGUUCCCAGGCCAGCCGGGAGACAUAGUCUUCCCAACGUGUCCUGGGUCUUCCCCGUGGCCUCCUACCGGUCGGACGUGCCCUAAACACCUCCCAAGGGAGGCGUUCGGGUGGCAUCCUGACCAGAUGCCCGAACCACCUCAUCUGGCUCCUUUCGAUGUGGAGGAGCAGCGGCUUUACUUUGAGCUUCUCACCCUAUCUCUAAGGGAGAGCCCCGCCACCCGGCGGAGGAAACUCAUUUCGGCCGCUUGCACCCGUGAUCUUGUCCUUUCGGUCAUAACCCAAAGCUCAUGACCAUAGGAAGUAUUUAGUCAAAGUUAAAUGAUGCGGACACGUUUGUUACUGGAUACUUUCUAACAUGCCUUGGAAACUUAAUAUCUGUAAGUAAAAUUUGCCUUGUUUGUGUUGACAAAUGGGUUUUAGACUGCAAUAUUGUUCACUUACGGACAAUUAUCACGUAUGUCUAGCUGGUGUGCUAUUGUGUGCUUAGCUGUUGUGUAGCUGCUAGCUCCUAGUAACCUAUAGCCUACCAUGUUUACCUUUUGUAAAUGACAUCACUAAAGUAGAAGAAAAUACACAUUUUGUGUGCUUAUUGGACAAAAUGUAGAUGUUAACUGGCUGUCGAGCUUUGCACAAGUAAACACACUGCAGGACUCUUUGUAUUGGAGAUUUUAGAUGCAAGUCUGUAUAAUCCGAUAGUUGUUUUUUUUGUUGAUGUCGGAACAAUAUCCGAUAACAAUAUUGGAUCAGGGCACCCCCAGUUUUUAUCAUGUUUCUAACAAUGGUAACAUUAAAAGACAUGUUUUUUUGUUAUUUUUUUGUUUUGUUGUUGACAUCUUCAAAUCGUUGCUGCUAGAAGAUGGCAACGUCAGCUGUUGGUCAAUGAUCAGCUGUUGGGAUGGGAGGUUUAAAGCCUGGCCCAGCCGGUUGGUACCCAGUGGGGGUUAUAAUUCUGUCCUGUGUGAAUUUUGUUUUUGCAAAUUCAAGAACUAUGGUAGUCAUGACUGCAUGAAAUUGAGUGAUGUACUCUGUGAAUGAUCUUAAAUCUAGUGGUUAGAGUGUCCGCAAUAAAAAUGGGACCCAUAACCUUUAAUCUUUAAAAAAAAAAAAAAAUCGUUUGGCUUUUGCAUGGUGCUUACUUGUCAGCAUGAUCAUUUGCUAAACCUUUUUGGUUGAUUAGUGCAAUUGAGAUAUUGUUGUAGUGAACUUUGUUUAAAAUGUGUCAAAACUAACAGUAUUUGAGUAGUGUGACUUGUUUUCUUCUUUGACUGUAGUUACUAGUUGUUAUUGUAGCAUAAUUAGGAUUGUACAAUGUAUGUACGGUAUUUUUCGGAGUAUAAGUCGCUCCGGAGUAUAAGUCGCACCGGCCGAAAAUGCAUAAUAAAGAGGGAAAAAAACAUUCAUAAAUCGCACUGGAGUAUAAGUCGCAUUUUUUGGGGAAAUGUAUUUGAUAAAACCCAACACCAAGAAUAGACAUUUGAAAGGCAAUUUAAAAUAAAUAAAGAAUAGUGAACAACAGGCUGAAUAAGUGUACGUUAUAUGAGGCAUAAAUAACCAACUGAGAACGUGCCUGGUAUGUUAACGUAACAUAUUAUGGUAAGAGUCAUUCAAAUAACUAUAACAUAUAGAACAUGCUAUACGUUUACCAAACAAUCUGUCACUCCUAAUCGCUAAAUCCCAUGAAAUCUUAUACGUCUAGUCUCUUACGUGAAUGAGCUAAAUAAUAUUAUUUGAUAUUUUACGGUAAUGUGUUAAUAAUUUCACACAUAAGUCGCUCCUGAGUAUAAGUCGCACCCCCGGCCAAACUAUGAAAAAAACUGCGACUUAUAGUCCGAAAAAUACGGUAUGCUUGCAGAAAAAAACAAAAUGAUAUUUUUGUACAGCAAUGAUGUGUUAAUGCUGAUGUGAAAUUAAUUCUUCAAUAUUUCUAGAAUUUGGUUCUAAGCGUGUGUAUUUCCAAUGUAUUUCUAUUGACUGUCUGUUGAUAUUUUCCACGUAGUGUAUUGUAUGUCAUAAAUUCCUUUUUUGAGAGUUCAUCUUUGCUUUGAAGGUUUUGAUUGAGUGUGUCGAAUCAAUGACCUUUUAAGAUCCACUAUUUUGAAGAAAAAUAUUAAAUGGUAUAGUUUUGAUCUAAAAACAGAUUUUUGACAAAAGACUUGCAGAAUGCCUGUAGGUAAUUCAAAUUAAAUGCUGUCAAUGUUUUAGUGUGAGUGGAAUAUAAUAAUAAUACCUGGGAUUUAUAUAGCGCUUUUCUAAGUACCCAAAGUGGCUUUACAUGUAGAACCCAACAUUCAUUCACACCUGGUGGUAAGCUACUUUCAUAGCCACAGCUGCCCUGGGGUAGACUGACGGAUAUAUACAUUAUUAUCUUAAUUCAUAAUUUUUGUUGUUUUGUAGUCUUAUUUUAAUGGUGUGAGUCUUAUGUGAAGAUAUUUACAAAGAAAACUAGCUCAAUAUCUGCGAUGAUUCAGCCCUGGAAAGCUGCUUUGUUGUACGGUGCUUAAAGUGUACCAUUGUAUAUUUAAAUAUUGUUGGUUUUAAAUAGAUUUUUUUUUUUUUUUUUUACAUUUUUAAAGAAUAUUCUUGUCUGUUGUUCUGUUCUUGGUUCUCUUUUGGUCUUCAUA